AUGAAGGCCAAUAAAAACCCCCAGCCGGUCUCGGCUUCUCACAACGAGAAUAUCCCUUCAUCCGACAGUAUUCCAACAUACCGAGAGCGCACCAAGAAGGGUCUCAUCGUCGGUGGAAAAUUCCGCGAUGCACUUUCCGAUGAACAAUCCCAAGAAUAUGACAGCAGCCUACUACAAGAAGUCGACGUGGACCUUCCUCUUACCGUUACGAAACCUCAACAAAACGAUGCUGGCCACUUCAUUGUGCUCGAAUUUGUGGAAGGAGACAAGGAGAACCCAUUCAACUGGAGUUCCGGCAGAAAGGCAUUCAUUGCUACCCAGCUUUGUCUGAUGACAUUGUUCAUUGGUCUCGCCACAACAGCAUACAGCUCUGGCAUCACGAAGAUGGUUGCCGAGCUUGGAACAUCAACUGAGGUUGGUCAGAUUGGUCUGUUCGCCUUCAACUUCACCUGCGCUUUGGCUCCUCUUUUCCUCGCUCCGUUCUGUGAAUUGGCAGGUCGCCGUGUCAUCUACGUCGGUGCCUACAUCUGUUUCUGUUUGAUGUUCAUCGGCCUUGCCCUGGGCAAGAACAUCGCCACCAUUCUCGUCUGUCGUGCCCUGCUUGGUCUGUUUGGUUGUGUUGGCACUAUUCUUGUCGGUGGUACUUUCGGUGAUAUGUACACACCCGAGCACCGUGCCAUCCCCAUGGCCUGCUUCUCCUUCAUUGCCAUUCUCGGUACAGUCGGUGCCCCCAUCUACGCCGGUUUCAUCGACCAGGCCCUUGGCUGGCGCUGGCUCGAGGGUAUCCAGGGUCUUGCAAACAUUCCCCUGGGUAUUGUCAUCUUCAUCUGUCUCCCCGAGACCCGCGGCAGUGUUUGCCUCGGUAAGCGCGCCAAGCUGAUCCGCCAGGCCACCGGCGAUGAUCGUUUCGUGACCCACAACGAUAUCGAAGCCCCGGGCAUCAAGCACAUGCUCCACAACUCCUCCGUCAAGGCCGUGAAGAUGCUCUUCACCGAGCCCGUAGUGUUCGCCUUCGGCCUGUGGAUUUCCUUCGCCUGGUUCCUGACCUUCCUCUUCCUCUCAGUCAUCCCCAUCACUUUCCAGGAGAAGCGCGGAUGGAGCGAGGGUGUCUCCGGAUUACCCUACAUCUCCCUCUGCCUCGGUACCACCAUCGGUUUCGCCCUGAACUUCCUGCAAAUCCGCAAGUACAAGUCCCUUACCAAGGACCCGAACGUGGAGGUGUCACCAGAAGCUCGUCUGUACGGUGCUCUUUGCGGUGCUGUCUGGCUGCCUAUUGGUCUUUUCAUCUAUAGCUUCACCCAGUACAAGGGACUCCCUUGGAUCGGCCCGGUGAUCGGACUUGCCCUGAUCGCCAUCGGUAUCUUCUUUAUCUUCGAGUCAUGCUACAGUUACACUGCCGACUGCUAUGGUGAUCACUCUUCUUCCGCCAUUGCCGGACAAGGGUUCAUGCGUAACACCCUCGGUGCCGUGUCUCCCUUGUUCGCCUCCCAGUUCUUCCACAACUUGGGCAGCCAGUAUGCUGGACUGCUGCUGGCUCUUGUCGCAACUUUGUUAACUUUUAUUCCUUUCAUCUUGUUCAAGUUUGGUCCUGCGCUGCGCGCACGCUCCAGACUUGCCAGUGCCACUGUCAAUGGCUCUGACUAA